AGAAUGUCCUAAUUAUGGCUAAACCCCGCCUAUUUCUACAAUUUCUCUUCUUAAAAUCUGGUUUUAAACCUAACACUAACCGUAACCCCACUGCUAACCUUAACCUUAAAUUACGACCAAAAAGCUUUUUAUUAUUUUUUUUAUGAAUAUGUACGAUAUAGCCAAUUUUGACUUUGUGACUGUGGUAGCUAACUAAAGUAAUGACAAACGGGAUCUCCAUUUUAAAGUCAGAAUCGCGUUUACGUUCAUGAAGAUCACUUUGUAAUGAAUCCCCUGACCAAAGUGAAGCUGAUCAAUGAGCUGAAUGAGAGAGAGGCCUCACUGGGGGUCAAGGAGACUGUGUCAUGGCACUCGGAGUACAAGGACAGCGCCUGGAUCUUCAUCGGUGGAUUUCCUUAUGAGCUGACAGAAGGUGACAUCGUCUGUGUCUUCUCUCAGUAUGGCGAGAUAGCCAACAUCAACCUGGUGCGUGAUAAGAAGACUGGUAAAUCCAAAGGCUUCUGCUUCAUCUGCUACGAGGACCAGAGGAGCACAAUCCUGGCUGUGGAUAACUUAAACGGGAUCAAGAUAAAGGGGCGGACCAUCCGAGUGGACCACGUGCUGAACUACCGCCCUCCCAAAGACAAUGAGGACAUGGACGAUAUCACCAAGCGCCUGAGGGAGGAGGGCUGUGCCCCUAAACUACCCGACCAUUCAUCCUCUGAGUCCGAAGAAGAGGAACAGUAUGCUGUACCAGUGAAGAAGCCCAAGAAAGACAAGAAAGAGAAGAAGAAAAAUAAAAAGGAGAAAAAGGAGAAGAAGGCUCUAAAGGAGGAGAAGGAGCAGAGGGAGAGGAUGGCCCAGACUCCCCCUGGGCCUGCCCUGACAGUGAGGAUGAAGCAGGAGAAAGAGGACCUGGGUUAUGACAAGUACAGCCAGCGGGGGGCGGCAGAGGAGCGGCUGAGGUCCAGGGGAGAGAGACCAGGGCCUGGGGCAGAACCACGGAACCCCCGAGACACACACAGGCAGGAGGACGGAGGGUUCCGAAAUCGCCAUGGAGACCAACAGAACAGAGAGAGGGAUAGGUCCAGGGAGGAUGAGAAGAGGAGACAUGAGAUGGGGGAGAGGAGAGAUGGAGGACUGCAGUUGGAGAGCAAGAGGACAGGCAGGGAGGAGGGAGAAAGAACUAGGGAGAGAGAAAGAGAGAGGGACAAUGAUAGAAAUAGGGAGAGCGAGAAAGACAGGGACAGUGAUAGAAAUAGGGACAGGGAGCGAGAGAAAGACAGGGACAGUGAUAGAAAUAGGGACAGGGAGCAAGAGAAAGACCGGGACAGUGAUAGAAAUAGGGACAGUGAUAGGAAUAGAGAGCGAGACCAGUCCAGUAAGCACAGAGAAGAACACAGUCGGGAGAGAGACUACAGGAGAAAGUAACAGGAAAUACAUGCCAUGAGAAGAUGUCCUAUACUGUUUCCACGACAACAGCUUAGUCAACAUCAGCAGCAGAGUAAAUGGGAACUGGAUUUCCAAUGGAUUGCCACCUUUAAACUGCUGUACACUGUUUAAUUUGACUUACUGAUUUACUGUUGUAAAUAAAAAUGACAAUUGCUUUUGUAGAGAA